AUGUAUUUGCGAAUGGAUCAUAAAGCACAUAUAAUGACUUAUUGCAGACAUAUUUGCUGGCAGCAGCAGCUCAUUGUAUUUUUGUUAAAAAGACAUGAUGAUGGUGUUCGCACGAUGCAAUUCCUUUAUGUUACCACGAAGUGCUCGUUGAUAAGAGAUCAACAUGAAAGCCUUUCAAUUCUUAUUAUUAUUGCUAUUUGUUUUCAUCAAAUGAUUAUUACAACGUGA